GCUCGUGCCAUGCGCACUGACGCUUGUUGUUGUUGUUAUUGAGCUGGUCGUUAUGGCUGAACGAGGCCUCGGACUUAACUGAAAGAGGACCCCCGCCUCGGGACGACCCGCCAUCCAUGGAGGGCACAGACAUGGACGUGGAUGCAGAGCUCAUGCAGAAGUUCAGCUGCAUGGGCACCACGGACAAGGACGUCCUCAUCUCGGAGUUCCAGAGGCUGCUGGGCUUCCAGCUCAACCCGGCCGGCUGCGCCUUCUUCCUGGACAUGACCAACUGGAACCUUCAGGCUGCUAUUGGUGCAUAUUAUGACUUCGAAAGCCCCAGUGUCAACACACCAUCCAUGUCCUUUGUUGAAGAUGUGACAAUUGGCGAAGGAGAGUCUGUUCCUCCGGACACACUGUUCACAAAGACCUGGAGAAUACAAAACACAGGCGGAGAGUCAUGGCCGCCAGGUGUUUGUCUCAAAUACAUUGGAGGGGAUCAGUUUGGGCAUGUAAACUCCGUUAUGGUGAAGUCUCUAGACCCCCAGGAAAUUUCAGAUGUGAGUGUACAGAUGAGAAGUCCUACAAACCCAGGCAUGUACCAGGGCCAGUGGAGGAUGUGCACAGCAGCCGGGUUGUUCUACGGAGAUGUGAUCUGGGUGAUUCUUAGCGUAGAAGUCGGCGGUCUACUUGGCGUCACUCAGCAGCUUUCUUCCUUUGAGACGGAAUUCAACACGCAACCGCAGCGCAACGUGCAGGGGGAUUUCAACCCGUUCGCCUCGCCGCAGAAGAACAAGCAUGAUGCCACUGACAGCAGCUUCAGAGACCCCGGAGGAGCCUGGGAGCGCACACAAGAGCCAAUCCAGCAAGAUCAGAACGGACUGUCUCAUAAUGCUGUAAAUAGGGCGUCAAACGGUCUCCAAACAAAUCUUUCCGUGGUGACUUAUGGCCAGGGUAUUCAUGGUCCCUAUCCGUUUGGAAAGAGCUAGGAAGACAAAGACCCCUCACCCCCAUGAUGAAAGAUGAGCUCUAACAUCAUGGGAAUCCUUAAGUGAAGAGGAGUUGGAGGGGGGAAGGAACUGAUAUUUUCUUUUUUUGUUGUUUUUUUAUGGACUCAUGACAACUCUCCCUGAAACCUUUAUGGACCUUUCAACAGACAAACAACGGUGACCUGAUGGAUCAUAUGUACUGCAGUGAAACAUCCAACCUGACAUGGAUUCACACGUGUGAAUGCUUCAUUUAAGAGUGCUUUAAACCUCUGAAGAUGGAUACACAAGAAUAUUUUUAUUUUAACUUGUAAGACAUGCCUAAAUAAGGAGAAAAUCCCCCUAAAAAACCGACAUACAUCUGCUACUCCCAUGGGCAGCUGAACAGUUUCUGUCCUUUGAAUUCUCAAAAAACUGUUUAAUAUUAUUCUCAAAAAGUGGCAACAAUCAUGUAUCAUUUUAAGUGUUUUCACAUGGGUUAAAACAACAAAGUAUCUUUUAUAAGCAGCAACACUCUAAUUUUAUUAGACUUUGAUUGAAAAGUUGGAUCAUGAAAAUACUGAUCGGUCGAACUAUAAGCAGGACUUUGUUUAGUAGAAAUUCUCAAUCAUGACUUUUGUUGUCGUCCAAAGGCUACAGCAUUCUGAUUUGGUGACAAAUGAAGGGUUAGUCCAUUAGUGAAGCUCAAGAUGGCCUACGGUCAGUAACUGGCUUUCAUCAUUUUAAGUCUGCCAUUCUUAGUUCAAGCGUAGUGCCCAUUUGAUCGUUUCAAAUUUAGCUUUUAGAGAGAAAAUCUUAAACAUAUUUGGCCUGUUUAAGCAUUUUUAAACAGGAGAUUAACAAAUUUCAGUUUCAACAUUUGCUGAUGUGACCUUUGAAUUGUGACGCUUUGGUUGUGUAGAUAUUUUUCGAUCUGAAGGAAUAUGUUUCUUAAUUAGUCUCAUACAUGAAGAUUUCAGCUUUUUAUUUAUUCUUAUUUCUUGGGAAGGAAACAGUGAAAAACUUCCCAUGCUGCAACACUAAACGUUGUCACACUAUCUAGCAUUCCUUAUCAAUAAGCUGGUCUUCUAUAUCAGUUAUUUUGUCUGUAUGAUCAUAACUACUCCCAAAGAUACAACCCAGAGAGCCAAAACACUAACUGUCAAGUAUUACAAUGUGAUUCUGCCCAAUUCAGUUUGCAUGGGACAGUGUGCGGUUUCUAUGGUGGGUUUUCACCUUAAACAGAUGCUGAAGUGCAACAAGGAUGGAAGUGAGUGAGUGAGAAGGGUUGAAAAAGCCAUUUAAAUCUAUUUUGCCUGGUGAGUGACUGUAGUUUGAGUCCAUGUGUACAGGAUGUGUAGUAAAUAUAAAAUGUAUGCGCGAGCGUGCCUGUUGUGGAUGUAUCUCAAUGGUUUCUCCCUGGAUUUAACUGACGUAAAAAUAGUGUAUACUACUUGGGUAAAGGAUGAAUGGACACAUACACGUCAUUACAGAGAGAGCUUUAAACGUAAUGUACCUCAGAAGUAUUUUUGGGUGAUCUAUUUGGAUAAUUUUGCCACAAGUACCCUGAUGUUAUUUAUUUCAUGUCUUUUUGUGCGCUGCAGAGUCAAAAAUGUCCCAUUGACGGCCAGGAGGUGGUGCUAAAAAUCAAAAGACAAACUUGAGAUCGCGACGAGAACCAAUUUAGCUUGAGCUUGGUAGAACAUGUUAAUACUAGAUAUAAUGGUUUGCAUCAGCAUUGUUAGCACCGGUGAUUUGUUUUCUAAUAUUUGCACUAUACUGUUGACCACCUCUGCUGAGGACUUUUUUUUUAUAGAGUUGGGAUGUGACACCAGCAUUUUCCAAAAAAAAAAAAAAAAAAUCCUGUCCUUUUUUUUUUUUUUUUGUCUAACAGUCUCCAUUUUAGGACAUAAAGGUUAAAAAACGGCAGUUUAAUUGCUGCACAGAAAUAUCAGAUGUUAGAAAUAAAAAAAUAAACUUGCCUUUUGUUUCGAUCACAUGAAUGAGCUUUGCUGUUACACCUGAAGCUGUACCUUCAGUUUUAAAAUGUUCAUCAUGCUUGUGAUUUUCAUGCAUGUUUGAAAAAAAAAAAAAAUUAAUUAAAUGGAAAAAAGUUAUUUACAGAGCCCCACAAUUGUUUAUCUUUACUAUUUUUUUCUCCAAAAUGCUGGCACAAACUUUUACUAUCCAUAAAAAUGAUUUGCUGAUUUGUAAACUGAACCAGCCUUUUGCAGUUCUGUUGUAAUUGUCACGAGAGUCCUCUUCCCAAACAGUAUACAGUGUUCUUCAUUGCCUCUGUUAGUCACAACAGUUUUUGUUUUCUAUCUAACUGUGUGUGUGUGUGCGUGCGUGCGUGUGUGCGUGAGCUUCCUUAUUGUGGGAUCAUGUGUGACGGGCGGUUGCUAAGGAAGCUUAAAUAUUGCUGGAUUUAUUCUUUAGUUUCAUUUUUGUGACUAUGUAUGGACUUGAGAUGGGUGGCAUGGUGAGUGGAUGUGUUGAGAGUUUGCAUAGUCCUGAAAUAGCACAUUUAUGUGGAGAUGAAGUUGUUAAAGUUUUUUUUUCUGUAUCUAUAAGUGAGCAUUUUUAUGAUUAAAUUAACACUAAAACAAUGA